AUGCCAGGACGGAUAUUCAUUCGUAUACUAAUUUCAGCUCAAGUACAAGUUGGAAAUAUACUCCCCCUUGCCGAACUGCCCGAAGGAACGACGGUUUGCAAUUUGGAAGAGAAAACUGGUGAUCGUGGUCGAUUGGCACGUACAUCAGGGAACUAUGCAAUUGUUGUGGCACAUAAUCCGGAAACCAAGAAAACACGUGUACGUCUACCGUCUGGUGCCAAAAAAGUCUUGGAUUCCUCAAAUCGAGCAAUGAUCGGUAUUGUUGCUGGUGGUGGAAGAACCGAUAAGCCAUUGUUGAAAGCUGGAAAUGCCUAUCACAAGUAUAAGGCCAAGCGUAACUGCUGGCCAAUGGUUCGUGGUGUUGCGAUGAACCCUGUGGAGCAUCCGCACGGUGGUGGUAACCAUCAGCACAUUGGACAUCCAUCAACCGUGAAACGUGGUACCAGUGCUGGUCGUAAAGUGGGUCUUAUCGCAGCUCGCCGAACCGGCAGAAUUCGUGGUGGUAAGCCCGAGAAACAUGGCAAAGAGGAAGCAGUAUAA